AUGGGCGAAUUGAAGGAUUGGCUCGUCUCCCGGAGAGCAGGUUUGUUGUGGGCGGAAGCGGAACCCCGAGUGCCUGCGCGCCGUUUGAAAACCAUGGCCGCGGCGGGGGCGCCCUUGACGGAAGAGGAGGUUUGCGACCGAGUAAACCUGAGCCCCCAGAAUCUCGCUGAUGUCCGAUCAUUGUCUCUUCCUGGAAAUUAUCAUAAAAAGAUCACUCAUUUAGGAGAUUCCCUGAAAAAUUUUAUUUGUCUGAAAUCUCUUGACCUUUCACGCAAUGUGUUGACUACCUUGGAGGGUCUUGAACAUCUCACAUAUUUGGAAAAGCUCAAUCUCUAUUUCAAUGACAUCUCUUCAUUGUCAGAGGUGUUUCGACUCCACAGCUUAACUGCACUCAAGGAUGUGGAUCUCCGGCUCAAUCCUGUUGUGAAAAAUGAAUCAGAUUAUCGUCUUUUUGUAGUACAUAUGCUUCCUAAUCUCAGGAAGCUGGAUGACCGUCCUGUGAGAGACAGUGAGCGGAAAGCAUCACUUCUGCAUUUCACUACAGAUCAUGCUUAUAAAUUCAAGAACUCUUCAUCUGUUUUAAAAGAGUCUGAAACAGGAAGAUCUGUCCAUCCAAGAGCCAAGUACAUUAGUGCCAUGUCAAAAAAGUGCUUGGCCAUGGAUGAAGAUGAUGAAGCAGUUUUGAACUUCAUUGCAAAGUGCAGCUGGGAUGUACAUAAGCCACCAGGAAUAACUGGAUCGUCUAAAAGAAAUCCUGCAGUUGAAUUUCAUGAUUUAAACAGUAUUCACAAAGUGGAAGAAAGUAUUAGGAGGCAUCAGAAGUCAGAAGUCUCACAUCCACAGUUUGUCUUGUUAACGAAGAAAUGCAAGAAUGCUGUAUCCGAAAAUGAAAACAUGUUAAAAAUGAAAGAAACUGAUAAAGACUACAGACGUUUGCCUGAUUCACCAGUUUUACCAGAUGCCCACAGUGCCUUUAGCCAAGGCCAUGAGAAAAGGAAAAUUGGCGUUAGAGUUGCAUUUUUAGGAACUAAGCAACAGGAACUGCUCAAGAGAAAUGCUAAUUUGAAGUUUCCUGAUGACACUGAAGCAGAUGAAGUAAUGACAACUUAUGCUGAUUUUACACCCCAUCCAGUUCCACCAGAUGUGAAUGAACUACUUAAUUCUUUGAAGACAGCCAGACAUAAUCAGGAAGAACCUGACUCUGAAGAUCAAAGGUUAAAUGGCAAAGGUGGCAUUCCUCAAGGGACAAUGCAGUUGGCAGAUAAAAUGCUCUGUAAAGCAGGACCCAUGGAACGUCUUUUAGAUUUGGUCGACAUACACUGGAAUGGUCAUAAAUCCCUCCAUCACAACAAGAAAUUUUUAUCCCAGGCAGAAACUAUUUUGUCUGGAAUUCAGAAAUCUGUGCCAGCAAAUCAAAAGAAAACGUCUACUUCAGAGAAUCAACAGUUGAAUAACCUCCUUUUAGAGAAAGACACUUUACAAAAGCAACUGGUUGAACAAGAGGAGAAGUACAGUGCCAUGAUUAAUAGUCUGAAAUCAGACUUGGAUAACAGUAAGAAAGAGAUGGACAUAUUGAAGGAGCAGUUGGAUAACUUAUUAAAAGAAAAUGCAGCCUUGAAAGUACAGAAUUCUAAAGUUGAACAAAAUGCCCAGAAUGUAGAUACUGCUGUUACGGCACCAUUACAGAUCCCCAAAGAACAUCACAACCAGGCGUUAACUGACGAGAAUGCUAGUUCGAAGGAACACUUUAAGAAGAUGCAGGAGCUCACAGAGAUGUUACAAGAGAGCCACAGAACCUUGGUUUCCACGAAUGAGCGUCUCUUAAAAGAACUGGAUGAGGCACGUUUACAACACAAGGCUGAGGUGGAGCAGUUGCACUGGAACUAUAAUCAGUUAAAGAAAACAACAGAUGCUCUUUCUCCUAGCAGUGUGAAAAAUGAAAAAUGACAACAACAGGUGUUAGUAACAGUAAGAAGUAUUUCACUAUAAAUGAUUUAUAAAGGGCGCUUGGUAUUAUUUAUCAACAUGAACUAAUUAAAAAAUGGCUGAUGUCUUUUGUAUGAUACUUUUUAGACCACACCCUACACACAGUUUAUGAUUAUAUAAUUGUAAGUAUUAAAGUAUUGAAUAAUUUUAUUUGGGUCUGAAUACUGGCAGUUUAUGAAGUCAAAUUUUUGCAUAGCUUCAAAAGUUUCUUUUAAAAAUAAUGAAUACAGUGGUGCCUCGCUUAACGGCGAUAAUCCGUUCCA